AUGCCUCGCGUCUUGCUGAUGAACUCCGUCAAGAACAGGAGCACUCUCAGCACAUCGACCGUAUGCGCAAGGGACUGGAGCAGCAAGUUGAAGGAGAUGCAAGUACGCCUCGAUGAAGCCGAAGCUGCAGCUCUCAAGGGCGGAAAGAAGGUUAUUGCAAAACUGGAACAACGUGUGCGUGAGGUCGAGUCGGAGCUCGAUGCUGAACAGCGCCGAUACCAAGAAGCCAACAAGAACCUUGGCAAAGCCGAUCGGCGAGUUCGCGAGCUUCAAUUCCAGGUCGACGAAGAUAAGAAGAACUUCGAACGCCUCCAGGAUCUCAUUGACAAACUCCAGAACAAGCUGAAGACCCAAAAAGCGACAAAUCGAAGAAGCGACUAUUGUGCGAAAUUUCAGGAAGAGGUCGCUAACCUCAAUCUGCAGAAGUACCGCCAAAUUCAACACCAACUCGAAGACGCCGAAGAACGGGCCGAUGUCGCAGAGAACUCGCUGUCAAAAAUGCGAGCCAAGUCACGAUCAAGCGCCUCAGUUGCCCCGUCCGGACUUCAGACUUCACAAUCAGCCGCCGUGCUGCGGUCACCAUCUCGUGCUCGUGCCAACGACUUCUAG